AUGCAAACAAGUCAUAGGAAAAAUGUGGGCCAACAAAAUAGGAGCGCACGGACACGUAUCCGGGUGGGAAGGAACCACGACAUCAGCCCAGUCCCAAUUCUCCGUGGGUACAUCCAUCGGGCACACAUCGACUGGCUGUGCAUCGCGACGCUGCUAGCAGCACGCUCUCGGACCCGCUUCAAGGAUCCUCGACAGGCAUCAAGAACCAAGUGGUCGUCCCAGACUUUGGAGAUCUCGAGUCACUUUAUGGAGGGUAGCAAUCGCUUCAGCUUACUUACCCUGCUGUUUGACUUUGCGCCCGAACGGGGGUGGAGGCCAGUGCUUCAUCCACUGCUGCCAGUCAAUUACCAUCCAUGGCCUCAGCUGCCGGCGCUGGAGUAG